CAUUAGUGCCUCUCUCCAAAACGACAGAACCGUUCGUAGCACAGCUCUCUCCAGUAGCAGUGGAUGUGGAUGAGACGACAAGAACAAACGAGCGAGGGCAAGAAAGCAGCGUCCCUUGGAUAGUUCGAAACUUAGAUUGUAAUGUUUGAAAUUUGGGGUAGCUGAUCUGCUUGAUGAAAAUGAACACUGCUCAAGUUACUGCAUGCCAGACGGCGAUUUGUGUGAAAAAUAUUUAUCAGGUGCACAGGCUGCAUCUGAAACCGUGUGUUUUACCAAAGAGUAUUGAUCCUUACACUCGCGUUGUGUUGAGCCUGAGAGGAGAACAAUCAUUUGGCUUGAAAUGUCGGCCCGUUUCACAAGCUCGGAAACCUCUCUAUAUUUGUUUAGCUGGUGAAAAAGAAAUGAUGGGAAAUAGUGAUGAGAAUUCCCCAUGGAAAUCUAUUGAGAAAGCUAUGGAAAAAUUUAAGGGACAAUCAAUAGAGGAUGUAUUACGGAAGCAAAUUGAGAAAGGUGAAUAUUAUGACAGUGGUGGUGGCAGUGGAGUGAAACCACCAGGAGGAGGUGGUGGCAGUGGAGGCAGUCCUGAUGACUCUGAUGGAUCAGAAGAUGAAAGCUUGUCUGGGAUGUGGGAAGAGAAUGUCCAAGCGCUUUUAGCAGCCUUUGGCUUUAUAUUUCUGUACAUUUAUAUCCUCACUGGCGAAGAAAUCACUAAGCUAGCUAGAGACUAUAUAAAGUAUCUUUUUGGCGGAAGUCCGAGUAUUCGGCUGAAGAAUGCCAUGGCUAAAUGGCAAGAAAUCUACGAGCUCUUUACAACGAAGGAAGAGGAGGAGGACGAGUAUUGGUUGGAGAAGACCAUUCUGAAUACCCGAACUUGGUUUGACGACCCUGCCUAUUACCGUGAAACUGUUAGGAAUUACUUGAAAUCACAUCCAGAAGCGGUCGUUGCCAUUCGGGAUGAAUUUGACUUAGAUUCAGAUGAAGAGGUUCUGGAGUGCUUGGAAUCAGAUUCUGAUUCAGAUUCAGAUUCAGAAUCAGAUGAAGAGUAAUUUUUCUAAGUUUUUGGAGCACAUCCUCAAUUGCACUCUCUUUAAUCUGUUUUACCCUCAAGUUUAAUGAAGCUUUGUACACAUUGUAUCAUGCUGUUUUUAGUGUUCUUCCCUCUCUUGCAUUUGUUUUUCCCUCAAGAUUAAUGGAACCAAGACAGCAAUUUAGGCCUUCACAUGAACUGAAGCUGUUUCUCUUUAAAUAUUUGGAGCCCAUUUAGUAUAUCAUUCUUUGUGCUAGAUUUUUUCACGAUAAACCACCACUUGUUUAGUACUUGCCCGACCCUUGUAAACUAUUUAAAUUGCAUCAAUUUUUAUAAUUAAGAUGGCAAUUA